AUGCUAUCCAUGUUUUCCCGCAAACAGAAAACCAAAUGCAGAAAGAAUACCUCUGAAACAGGGCACAUUGAGAUUUUGGAUGGUAGCAUGGAGAUGCGUGAUUCCCAUCCACCUCAAUUUCUCAAAAAUGGGAAAUCUACAAAAUCGAGAACUACAACGCAUCGAUCAGGUCGUGGGAAAAUUCGAGCCAGUAGCGCCUCACCGCAACCAGUUUCAUCCGUUCGACGUAUUCCAGGCAUCUCAGUCACUUUCGAAUCUACCUUGCCAACUCAAGUGUGGCAAGCAUCUCCCAGCCCUUCACCACCACUCCUAUUGGACGGCCAAUCGAAGCUCCUCAACCAACGUAUGGUGUCCUCCUUGUCCGACAACUGGGCCGAGAAACCCCGAGGUUCAGCGAGACAAACAUCCGAACGUCGACUGCGUGGAAGAGGUGAUUCGAAAUCAUUUCAAAGCUGGCUUGCAGACAUGGAUGCAGACGAUAGUAGUGAUGAAACAAACCAUUCUGGCCAGAGUAAUGGUUCACUGAGUAGCUGUUCUAGCAGUGAUGAAUCGCUUACCGGACCCGAGAGACCGGGUGAAUGUAAAACCAGCAGUAGCACAACGACAGUGACCACAGACAGCACAUCCAGUUUGGAUCUGCGAAUGGUUUCAAACAGUGAUGGAAAUCUGGUUCAGUCGGUAGCUAACGCGAUGACCAGACGUUAUUCAGUUGGGCAACAACAUCAAAACCGAAAGAAAGACCGAUCUAACCUUUCCAAUCGAAAGUGUCUCUCAGAGAAGAAGCGACGCAACCUUCCGGUGCAUGCGGUGAGUAGCAGCAGCUCAAGCAGCGAGGAAGAUCUCGAAGCUUUGGGUUGGGAUGAACGCACUAUAUCCGCACUGACUAGCCGAAACAAAACACGUCAAGCUACAGCUCUCAGGCAGUCUACAACAGCACAGAAUUUAAGCGGAAAAUUCCAGAAGCACUCAAAGGAUUUUCCACCAGUCAAUAAUUCUACAACAAAAAGUUCGAAUAGUUGGUCGAACCAAAAUGCCAAUGUAUGUAUGCCACUACAGCCCCUGGCACCACUCCGAGUGGAUUAUGAACAGGUCUAUGUGGGCACUACAGUUAAUCACCCUCAGUCUUGUGUUCUCUCCAGGAGAGCACAUAAACUCUCAAAUGAAGAACAAGUGGACUAUAUAAAUCGACCGACGAACAAUCGAGCUAUAGCCAAUGAAAAUCCGUUCGCAUACAACAUCGGUCCAAUGGCUGGACAAGGCAGUGACCUACUAGCUGCUAUCACAGCUGACUACAAACCACUGCCGGAAUGGGAACAACAAUACAAGGUUAUUCCUGUGAGAAAAGGCGAUUAUGUGUGUGUUCUUAGCAGGCCGAUGAAAAGCAGAACAUCUUCGGAGGCGGUCACUACAAAACGAUCAACCAAAGAGCGAAACGGUCAAAACUCUGGGUCAGCAAAUGCGAAUGCGGCUGAUGAUGAUGCGAACACGUGGUUGUACGUGCGUCGAUGGUGUGUCGAUCAUUUAGUGGCCACCGGUCCACCUGGUUUCGUGCCAAGAAAUCACUGCCGCCUACUGCCCAGUUCGGAACUUCUUCGAUUAUGGCACCAAAAUCAAACAACACGGAACAACCGAAUGCACACCAGUGUUCCUUCGGCAUCCUCAGCUAGCGCAGAUCCUGAUGUGAAUAAUACAUUACACUCUUGCACACGUUCACUCGCAGAACAUGAUUAUCUACAGAGUAACUGUGCGCGAGUACACAAUACAUCCAUGGAUUUCCCUUCACCAUCUACAACCUCAUCUAUUUCGGCUCAAAAUCGGUUCCCAUACGGUUCCUACAGACCGGAUAUUCCGCGUUAUCCAUUUGCCUAUCCCACAAGUUCGUUGUGCGCGAACCAUCCGCAGAUUCCCCCGCCUCCUCCAGGCUUUGGUUCUGGUGGAUCGCUUGGUUCGGAAACCGAAGAUAGAGAUUCCGGUCGUGGACCAAGUUCUGGCUCAGAAUGGGGCAGUGGACGAGGAGGUAGCUCCAGUGUGACUCUGGACCAGAGUGCAGUUGAAAAGACUGCAAGCGAUACGGGAAUUGAACGCCGAACAGUCCCCAAUACUGAACGAUCCAGAAAUGUGAAAAGUGCUGAAGAGUCUCAACUGGGUUGGUAUGCUCCAGAUGGUUCCGUUUGGUCCAGUGAACCCAGUUCAUCUAAUCGAGAUGAUGGAAUUUAUUCACAUGACUCUGCACUACAAAGUCCCAACGACAGUGAUCUGACACCACAAUUACUAAACCGAACCCUGGUGAACUAUGCACUGAGCUCAGGUGAACAUCAAGUCAUAGGACAGCCUGUGCCCGCCUCUCCACUAAUGCUAACAACACGGACAAGCUGUACUCCGGUUUUAGAAAUGAGACCAGCCGGCACACCAACACUGUUUGCUCGGGGUCUCCCGGUGAACGUGAUACAUCCUACAGAUAGUUUGAUUACGAGCACAACCACAUGCGCAACCGUCAUUGAGACCAAACUCGUUGCUGACACGGACAAUUCGACGGUAGAGCAACGAACCGAAACACCAGACCCCAACUGUUGGGAGCCCUAUCAAACAGUGAUUCACGUGAAUGAAAAUAGUCUAGAAAAGUUCACACUCGUUUGA